AUGGCCGAUUCCGUCGAAUCCACACAAUCCGCGGCUGUGCCUCGCGCCAGCAAGCCCGUCAGCGAGACUCUACUGAACGAAAAGUGGGACCGCGCAAUUUCGUCCCUCCUCAUCAGAUCCUCCGUCGGUCUCGGCUUUGGUGUUAUAUUCUCAAUCCUACUGUUCAAGCGACGAGCAUGGCCUGCCUGGAUGGGAUUGGGCUUCGGUGCUGGACGAGCAUGGGAAGAAGCUGAUGCUUCCUUCCGACGAGGCGACCAGCCAUGGACCCAGAACCUCCGCUUCCCAAGAUCGUAA